UAUUGGUUUGCAGGUUAAAUUAGUAUGAAUUUUGCAAUGGGAAAAAGCAUCGAACAGGACGGCAUAUGGGUGUCGUACGCUAUUAUGAAGGUUUAUUGCUAUCUUAUGAAAAUUUCCAUUCAACAUUUUGACACUUAAAUAUUGUCCUACUAAGCUUCGUCGAUGUCUGUUGUGAAAGUGAUUGUUCUCGGCAACUGUUUGUUUUUUUUCAGUUGCAUGCAUUCUUUGCACAACUCUUACGAUUGAUACAUUUCUUCAUCGUAAUAAAUGGAUACAUCAUCUGAAACUGAACAAGAUUGUAAUGAUGGUGAAGAUAAUGCAUCAAGCGUAAGAAGACCUAUGAAUGCAUUCUUUAUUUUUUGCAAGCGUCAUAGAGAUAUUGUGCGAGAAAAAUACCCUUAUCUGGAAAACCGUUGUAUCACCAAGAUUUUGGGAGAAUGGUGGGCCAACUUGGAACCAUCCGAAAAAGCAUCAUAUACUGCCUUGGCAAAACAGGUUGUUUUACGAGGUUAAUCACCUACGUUUGCUAGUGUACAAGGAGGCUUUUAUGAAAGCACAUCCAGAUUUUAAAUGGUAUAAAUUGCCUCCACCUCCUGCCAGAACUCUUUUUACCAGACCAUCUAAUAGUAGGGGUUACAUGCAAAAUGAAAGGAAUGGUCACAAAGCAGAUACUUGUGGUAUUUCUCUGGGAAAAUUAGUAGAUGAUGAGCAGCUCGGGGGAUUAAGUUCUCUUAUUAAUACAGCUGCAGCUGGGCCACCAGUUUCUUCUACAGACUGUAGUAGUUCACAAACUUCUCCAAUGGCUCAGAAAGGAGUCGAAAAUCUUUUAAAACCGCCUAAAAAGAGAUAUCUAAUCAAUGGGGAAUUCCAGUCUGGUUCAGAUGCGCCUUCCGUUGAUAACCGUGAUUUUCAAACUCGAGAUGCAUGUUCUGCCUUGCUAGAAUUUGCGGAGCUGUGUACGAGCAAUGCAGCAUUAGAAAAAAACUGUACUUCCUCAGAUUCAUCUGGAGUGAAUAAUUCCAUUUUGUACUCUCCAACACUAUUGGAUAAUAACAAAUUUUCUUCUCUCCAUAAUAAUUCAUCCACCCUUUCUGUGCAUGGUUUGACAAUUAUGCCUAGUUUGCAAAAUACUGAAGAGAACUUACAAAAUGUACUAUUUAAUUCAUCAGAUAAUUCAUCUGAUAAUUUAAAUCAUCAAACUGAAGACUUGCAACAGGACCAACCCCUUGAUUUGUGCAAAAAUAAAGAUAAGGUGGAUUUGUGUAGAGAAAAUAGUAAAACUAUCACUACAAGUCAUCAACAACUUAUUGAUCAUUUUGUUGAUAAGUUUUUAUGUGAUACUCCUGUACCUCCAAAUAAAUUUUAUAAAUCCGAAAUUAUAGAUCCAGCAUUUUAUAAAUUGUUAUCAGAGAAAAAUAUAUGUGUUCCAUCUUCUUCAAAAGAGGAUAAAAUUAGUCAUUCUGCAUUUACUUUAUCAGUUGCCAUUGAAUCGGCUGUUGAUAAAGCAUAUAGCAAAGAUAGUUCAAAGUCAAGUUCCAAAAUUCCAGAAUCAAAUGUUGUUCUUGACUGUGUCUCUAAUGAGAGUAACGAAUUUAGUAUACGUUUCAAAGUUGAAGAUGAUAAAAAGAAAAAUAUAAAUCAUCAAAAAAAUGAACCUGAAAACAUUGCCAAACUUGGUGAACAAACCUUAUUUAAGCAUAGACAUAAAAAAUAUUCAGCUGAGUCUAUCUCUGUAAAUAGAGUCAAAAGUCCAACAGCUAUUAAAAGCCAAACUUCAAAGCAAACAUCAGAUGCUAAUGUAUCUGAAAAUAGUAGUAGCAAAUUCUUUUGUAAAUUAAUUUCGCCUCCCAAAAAAUCAAGUGUUUGGUGUAAUAUUUUUAUGAAUGAACAACUCUCUAAAAACAGUAUUGAUACUAGUUCUCAUAUCUCAGACAGCUUAGAAUCUGUCUUCCCUUCACCGGCAAGAAGGAGUUCUCAGAGGACUUGCAAAGGGAGGCGCUAUCAAGCACUUAUAACAGAAGGAUUGCUGCAAUCUCAUAAAGAACGUAAGCAAGGUAAUACAAAACGAACUGUUCCAUCUGUGAAUAAGUCUAAAAAUAAGUUAGUCACUGAAAAUUCAAUUUUUCCAUCCUUAAAAAAGAAGAAAAAGAAAGAAUCAUUGAAUAAAAGCAAAUUCUCUGCAGAAAGUUACGCCCUAGAUAAAAGUGUAUUUAAUCUGGAAGAAAAGAUAGCUUCUCUUCCUAAGUGUAAUUUUGAUCACCUAAGUAGGAAGAAGCAAAUCAUAUUAGAAUCUAGCUCAAAUAGUAUUAAUUCUGAGAAUGCCAAUGAUUUUCCUGCUACCUCAACUGCCAACCACUCUUGCACAUCAGAUAUCAUUGAAAGCCCACAUUUCUCUUCUAGUGGAAGGUAUAAAACAGGGAAUUUUGAUCUAGAACAGCAAAUUGCUUCUCUUCCCAAGUGUAAUAUUGACUCCCUAAGCAUGAAAAAGAAAAUGGAGUGAAGAGGAAGUUUGUUUUCUUGAACUGUGAUCAAAAGGCAUAAAGUUUGUGGUUGUUUAUUUACAUCAGUUAUUGUAGAUGAAUAUUUCUACGAGUAUAAAUUUUGUAUAGAAACUUACAGUAAAACCUUAAAAUUGUGAUAUGUUAAUAUGUGUACCAUUAUUUAAAUGCCACAUAUUAUAGCAACUGUAUUUUGUCAUAUUAUUUUGUUAGUGAGAUUUAAACACUGUUUUAUUAAUAUUUAUUGGUCCACUCUGAAAUCAAACUUUUUAUUUAUUUCUUUGUUCCUAACUUUUUUUGUGAAAAUCUUCUGUGUGAGAGUAAUUUGAAUUUUUUUUUCUAUAUAUUUAUGAGCAUGAGGAGAAGAAAGAAAAGGAGAGAAAUUUUUUUGUUUGCAAAUGCUAUUUUGUUUUUGCCGUUUUGUAUUUCUUUUUUAUGUGUAUGAGUUGAAUUGCCUAGUAGUAAUUUGAUAUUUGGUUGAAUUUUACUGAAUUUUUAGAAGCUAUUAAAACUAAAUUUGAAUGCAUUUUUUGAAAUUUUGCUGCAUUUGAAAAAAAAAUUAUAGACAAUUUUGAUUGAUUUAUUUAUUUUAGUUUCAGCAAUUCAACUGAUUGAGAGUUUAUUAUGUGUAUUUAUAUUCUGUUUAAA